AUGUUUAGAAACAUAUCACAAUUAACUUCAAAAAGAUUGAGUCCAACAAUAAAGACCAGAUCAUUUACUAUAUCAAGUAUCAUACGUGAAGAAGUCAAAGCAGAAACUAGUAAAGUUGUUCCAAAAUCUUCAUGUCCAGCAGGUACUGUUUUAAAUUUGAAAGUCUUCAAAAAAGGUGAUGAACCUGUAGCCAAAGAAGAUUCAGAAUAUCCAGAUUGGUUAUGGGAUAUGCUUGAUCAUAAGAAAACUAUGGAUACCCUUCAAAGUGAAGAUUUCCUUAGAUGGAGAAAAUUACAAUUGAGUAAAGACAAUAGAGCUAAAAUUAAAAAUAACAAUUUCUUGAGUAAAUUAUAG